UGAUAUUAUUGGAGUGUGGCGCGAGCGGCCGGUCUGCAGUCGGAGACUCGCAGGCAGCAAAGACGGAGGAGAAGGCAAAGGGAGAAGAGCAGAAGGAAAGAAGGAAAGGAAGGAAGGAAGGAAGGGAGAGGGCGAAACGAGAGAGCGCGCCCCCAACCAGCCCUGAGAAAGACCCACCGAGGGGUCUUUUAUUUCCCCAUAUAUACAUAUAUAUAAAUAUAUAUAUAUAUAUAUCUUCUAGAUCUCUUAUGUCUAUCCCUAAUUAAGACCUGUUUAAACACCGCCAGCUCGUGCACCAUGGUUUUGCAAAGUAGGCUCGCUUGGAUUAUUUCAUGUUGCAUCUGGCUGCUUCGCUUUGCACACACGGGGGAAGCACAGGCUGCGAAAGAAGUAAUAUUGUUAGACUCUAAAGCACAACAAACAGAGUUGGAAUGGAUCUCUUCUCCUCCCAAUGGAUGGGAAGAAAUUAGCGGACUGGAUGAAAACUACACACCUAUACGAACAUACCAGGUAUGCCAAGUCAUGGAGCCUAAUCAGAAUAACUGGCUACGGACUAACUGGAUCGCUAAAGGCAAUGCACAAAGGAUUUUUGUAGAACUAAAAUUUACUCUGAGGGAUUGUAAUAGUCUUCCUGGAGUCCUGGGAACAUGUAAAGAAACUUUCAACUUGCAUUAUUAUGAAACAGACUAUGACACUGGCAGGAGCAUCAGAGAAAACCUGUAUGUAAAAAUAGAUACUAUUGCGGCCGAUGAAAGUUUUACCCAAGGUGACCUUGGGGAGAGAAAAAUGAAACUUAAUACAGAGGUGAGAGAGAUUGGACCUCUGUCCAAAAAAGGAUUCUACCUUGCAUUUCAGGAUGUAGGUGCCUGCAUUGCUUUGGUUUCUGUCAAAGUAUACUACAAGAAGUGCUGGUCCAUUAUUGAGAACUUAGCUAUUUUUCCAGAUACAGUGACUGGGUCAGAGUUCUCUUCCCUAGUUGAGGUCCGCGGAACUUGUGUCAACAGUGCAGAAGAAGAGGCUGAGAACUCCCCUAGAAUGCACUGUAGUGCGGAGGGAGAAUGGUUAGUACCUAUUGGGAAGUGUAUCUGCAAAGCUGGUUUCCAGCAAAAAGGUGACACAUGUGAACCCUGUGGCCGUGGAUUCUACAAGUCAUCUUCACAAGAUCUGCAGUGCUCCCGCUGUCCUAUGCACAGUUUUUCUGACAGGGAAGGAUCUUCACGAUGUGAUUGUGAAGACAGCUAUUACAGAGCACCUACUGAUCCACCAUAUGUUGCUUGCACAAGACCUCCAUCUGCACCACAGAACCUUAUUUUCAAUAUUAACCAAACUACUGUGAGUUUGGAGUGGAGCCCUCCUGCUGAUAAUGGAGGGAGAAACGAUGUGACCUACAGGGUAUUGUGCAAGAGGUGCAGCUGGGAACAGGGCGAAUGUGUUCCCUGUGGGAGUAACGUUGGAUAUAUGCCCCAGCAAACUGGAUUAGCAGACAACUACGUCACUGUCAUAGACCUGCUAGCUCAUGCCAACUACACUUUUGAAGUUGAAGCGGUGAAUGGCGUGUCUGACUUGAGCCGCUCCCAGAGGCUUUUUGCAGCUGUUACUGUUACCACUGGUCAAGCAGCUCCCUCGCAAGUUAGCGGCGUAAUGAAAGAGAAAGUGUUGCAAAGGAGUGUGGAGCUUUCCUGGCAGGAACCCGAGCAUCCCAAUGGAGUCAUCACAGAAUAUGAAAUCAAAUAUUAUGAGAAAGACCAAAGGGAGAGGACUUACUCAACAGUGAAAACCAGGGCCACUUCUGCUUCAGUCAAUAAUCUGAAACCAGGAACUGUAUAUGUUUUCCAGAUUCGAGCAUUUACUGCUGCUGGCUAUGGGAAUUAUAGCCCUAGACUAGAUGUUGCUACACUAGAGGAGGCCACAGCCACUGCUGUCUCCAGUGAACAGAAUCCAGUAAUAAUCAUAGCUGUAGUCGCUGUGGCAGGCACGAUCAUUCUGGUCUUCAUGGUUUUUGGCUUCAUCAUUGGACGAAGGCACUGUGGCUAUAGCAAAGCUGAUCAAGAAGGAGAUGAAGAACUUUACUUUCAUUUUAAAUUUCCAGGCACCAAAACCUACAUUGACCCUGAAACCUACGAAGAUCCAAAUAGAGCUGUCCAUCAAUUCGCCAAGGAGUUAGAUGCCUCGUGUAUUAAAAUAGAGCGUGUGAUUGGUGCAGGAGAGUUUGGUGAAGUAUGCAGCGGCCGCCUAAAGCUUCCAGGCAAGAGAGAUGUUGCAGUGGCCAUUAAAACCUUAAAGGUUGGCUAUACCGAAAAGCAAAGGAGAGAUUUUCUUUGUGAGGCAAGCAUCAUGGGACAGUUUGACCACCCUAAUGUUGUCCAUUUGGAAGGGGUUGUCACCAGAGGGAAACCAGUAAUGAUUGUAAUAGAAUACAUGGAAAAUGGAGCACUGGAUGCAUUUCUCAGGAAACAUGACGGACAAUUUACUGUAAUUCAGCUAGUGGGAAUGUUGAGAGGAAUUGCUGCUGGAAUGAGAUACUUGGCUGAUAUGGGAUAUGUGCACAGGGACUUAGCAGCACGCAACAUCCUAGUCAACAGCAAUCUUGUUUGUAAAGUGUCAGAUUUUGGCCUCUCCAGAAUUAUAGAAGAUGACCCAGAAGCUGUCUACACUACAACAGGUGGCAAAAUACCUGUAAGAUGGACAGCUCCAGAGGCCAUACAAUAUAGAAAAUUUACAUCAGCAAGUGAUGUAUGGAGUUAUGGAAUAGUUAUGUGGGAAGUAAUGUCUUAUGGAGAAAGGCCAUACUGGGAUAUGUCAAAUCAAGAUGUUAUAAAAGCAAUCGAAGAAGGAUAUCGCUUGCCAGCACCCAUGGACUGCCCAGCAGGCCUUCAUCAGCUGAUGCUAGACUGCUGGCAAAAAGAGCGUGCGGAAAGGCCAAAGUUUGAACAGAUAGUGGGCAUUCUAGACAAGAUGAUUCGGAACCCAAACAGCUUGAAAACACCUUUGGGAACAUGUAGCAGGCCAAUCAGCCCUCUUCUGGACCAGAACACACCUGAUUUCACAACAUUUUGCUCAGUUGGAGAAUGGUUGCAAGCUAUCAAGAUGGAAAGAUACAAGGAUAAUUUUUCAGCAGCAGGGUAUAAUAAUCUUGAAACGGUAGCCAGAAUGACUAUUGAUGAUAUUAUGAGCCUAGGAAUCACAUUGGUCGGCCAUCAAAAGAAGAUCAUGAGCAGCAUUCAGACUAUGAGAGCACAAAUGUUACAUUUGCAUGGCACUGGCAUCCAAGUGUGAUAGACAUUUCUCCCCUAUGAGGGAGGGACAGACUUGAGAGGACAGUGCCAGCCUUCUGUCUACAUGAAGUGCCGCUGGAAGACAUGGUUUCCUGGGUCCUUCCUGCAGACAACAGAGGGCUCACAAGAAGCACCUACAGACUUGAACUCCUAAGUGCCACCAGAAAGUUACUUAAAAAGGGAAAAUGGAUCCACCGAUGGCGGCAACGAAAGCAGUGACAAUAAACAAAGUACUACCUGAAACACCUACGAACACCUUGAACUCUCUAACCUCUUUUUAUCUAAUGGACUUUUUAAAAGUGUACAUAGAGGAUUUUAAAAUGAAAGAAAGAAUAUAUUUGUCAGAUAUAAAUCAUGCUAUUAUUCUUGAAGUCAACAAGAUAUUUUCCUUAAGCCUUUGAUUUCAAGCUCUUUUUAUUUUUAAGAAAUCAAUUGUGUUCCUUCUUCAUAUAGACCUUCUUUUAGUGUGACAUUUAUAUCUUUGGACUUUCUUAGUACUAAGCAUAUGACACAUUAUUACACUGGGGAUUUUGAAAGAUUGUAUGGAUUUCUACAGACACAAAAGUGUAACUGAGAAAUGUGUAUCAGGCUAGCUACUGGGUGGGGUGAAGUGGGGUUAGUACAGGGUUUUCUUUAUGAAAUCUUUUUUCUGUUAAUUUCACACCACAUUGAUGUGGUUUGUUAAUUGACAGAAGAUCAGGAAAAAAAAGACAUUGCCAAGAAUUCUGAUAUUUUUGAGAAUAAUUUUGUAUGACUUAUCACAAACUCUCUCGUUAAACAGGAAAUUAAUAAAAUGGAGAACCUAGCAAUAAGAAAUCCUAGGCACUUUUAAAGGAAUGGCUUGAAAGAUGACUUAAGUAGGUUGCCUGGGUUAAAUGAAAGCUGUACAUCUGCAGCUUUAAAUUUGUUUUAGCCCCUUUCACUGAAUGAUUUAUUGUAGGUGUAUCAAAAAACAACAACCACAGGAAACAGUACUGUAGUAUUGCCUGGCCUUUUAAUCAGAGCACAUUGGAGGUAGAUUGGUGUGUGGUUUUAUCAUGUUUUUCUUUUUAAUAAUCCACAUUAGAAGGUCUAGGAGAAAUAAUGGGCAUGGAUAAAUAUGAGAAUAAGUUGAAUGUAGUCCCUCCUGCAAAAAUAAAAGAUCUGGGAGUGCAAUCAAGAGAACAGGAGAACACCUCACUUGAGUUGGCAGGAAUGCGUCAUUUCCACUGAUUUCAGUGUGAAUCCCCGUUCAUAUGAUACAAUUCUCUGGUAGAGGAAUGAGUAUGCACAUGAGCUCAUAUGUGAUAUCUCUCUGUCUCUCUGUCUCUGUCUCUGUCUCUGUCUCUGUCUCUCUCUCUCUCUCUCUCUCUCUCUCUCUCUCUCUCUCUCUCUCUCUCUCUCUCUCUCAUACAGAUACUUUUGUAUUUGUCAGGAUUCAAUGAUGCAACCUCCUUGGGCUUGCAAUCAGUUUUUACUAUUUGCCUUUCCUUUUCUUAGAGGAAACGACAGUGUUCAAUACUUUCUGUACCCAGUUUGUAUAUGAGAUCAUUUGCCAGUGGAAGGUGAUUUUAUUCUACCUGAACUGGAGCCCUGCUGCCAUUAAUAUUAGUUAGUGGCAGGAGUACCAUCUAAGGCUAAUUGAACUUUCUCUGGAUUGCUACGUUCAGGUGACAGCCAAUUGAGACAGAGAAAGUCAGACACACUUAAGGUUUAUGAAUAUCAGAUUGACUUGAGAACAACUGUGCUAUGAUAUUCUGGUAGUUUCAUGAAGCCCAAGUGCACCCAACUCUCUCUCGAUUGCACUCUUCCUGUGCAAGUGCUGUUGAUAUGAAUGAAAGGUAAAACAACAGCCGUGGGGCUUGUACAGGAGAUAUCCCUAUCAGAUGGUGCCUUUGGAUUUUCUAUGAGAACUGUAGAGUGUAAAAGAAGUGGCAGUUCAAAAUUUCAAGGGUUUUUUACAAGCUGCUCUAGACACACACUUUUCUUUUAAAAGUCUGACUGAAAGGUAGCAGUUGAGUGAGAUAGUACUUUUUUGAAAAAUAAUUGCCAGUUUUAAUUUAAUAUAUGUGUACUUGAGUUGAGUGAAAUGUAAAAUUACCAUAAGCAAUAACAAAGUGUGUUGCAGGAAUAUAUAUAUACGAAACAGGUGAUUAAUGCUGUCAAAAAUAUCGUGAAAAUCGUGAGCUGCCCCAGCAGUGAACAACUGUACUUCCAAAGAGAACUGGGCUGCUCCCAUUGGUUUUCAUAGAGAAAGAUCCCAGGGAUCAGUCAUAUAAAUUAAGUCUUGUUAGAUAAUGUGGUCAUCCACACAAAAAAGGAGAGAUAACCUGUAAAUGUUCCUUUGUAAAACUUGUACAUUUUAUUUAUACUGUCUUGUUUUGUACACACAUUUCUGUGCAGUGAGCUCUGAAUACAUUGAAAAUGCACUAUAUUUUUCUAUUUUCCUUACAGAGCAUCACAAAGACGAACACGUUUUUCAGUGCUACAUAAUGUGUUUUCCCACAUUUAGGACCAAAGAUAGCUUCAGAAAACUCAAAUCAUUCCUCCUUCCUUUGGGGGAAGUUGAUAGCUGCCGUGCCUAUGGGUAGUGGGUUUACUCUCAGUUGUGCAAUGAACUUUAAAGGCUAUUUGAAGAUGCUGGACCUAACAUUCAGUAUAAGAUUCAGUACCUUGGAUAGCUCAUUUAAAGUUCAGACUAAAGCUUGGAGUGGAUUCAUUUUCCUGUUGACAUUGGAGCCACUCACUUCCCCCUCUCCUCCCUUCAUUAUUAUUAUUAUAUUAUUUUCUUUUUGAGCACUGUACAGUGUUAUUUGUUAUUUUAUUUAUUUGUUUAAUUAGAAAAAUCACUUUGCUUAUACUAAUUCUUUUUUAUCCCCUCCCCUUUGUUAAAGAAAUCUGUAAAAAAAAAAGACAAAUGAACAAAAAAUCUUUGAAAUAACAUAAUCCCAUUACAUAGACACUUCCAUUUGUAAUCUUUGUAAUAGACUGUAAAUAUAUUUUUGGAAAUACAA